ACACCGGGACAACAUAAGAGGAAAGGAGCGAGGGGUGCGUGGAUUUUCUUAUGAUCUCAAAUAGACUUGAGCCUCACGUGGCGAGUGAGGCCUCAUGGCCGGAGCAUGCCAUGUGUUAGAGCGGUGAGGCAGUGGGAGAUCAGGCCCACGUCUGCUCUGCGGGGGAUCAGACGCACCAGGGCCCUGAUGUGGCAGCGGAUACAGGAACUGGCCCGGGCGUGCCGGCACGGCGCAGGGUACCCAGUGAAUUACGAUGACCCGGACCAAGAGGAGCAGGAGAUGGUGUGCCUUGAGCCCAUGGGAUCAGAGCGGAUGGAGAUGCGAAAGAGGCAGAUGUCGGUGCAGCAGGAGUCGGCAGCGGGGGGAACUGCACCGGCCCAGCAGGGCCAGCCGGGCCAGGCCAACCCGCGGGGUUCAAAUGCAUGUUGCUUCUGCUGGUGUUGCUGCUGUAGCUGUUCCUGGAAUGAAGACCGGGAUGAUAGGAACCGAAAGGCAUCUUAUGAUGUCAAGGAAGGGACCUCAGACUGUGAGGACUGCCCUAAGCCCACGUUGGAGGAGGUGCGUUCAUGGGGGCAGUCGUUUGACAAGCUGAUGUGCUGCCCAGCAGGGAGGAACUCCUUCAGACAAUUUCUUCGCACCGAGUUCAGCGAGGAGAACAUGCUCUUCUGGUUAGCCUGCGAGGAGUUCAGCAAAGAGACCAAUAAGAGUGUGGUAGAGGAGAAAGCCCGGGUCAUCUACGAGGACUACAUCUCCAUUCUCUCGCCAAAAGAGGUGAGCCUUGACUCCCGUGUGCGCGAGGCGAUCAACAGGAACAUGCUGGAACCCACCUCGCACACAUUUGACGACGCCCAGUUGCAGAUCUACACGCUAAUGCAAAGAGACUCAUAUCCCCGCUACAUGAACUCCCCGGCCUACAAAAACCUGCUCAACACUCUGUCAGAGCAGUCCCCCGAAUCUUAGGGUGGUGAUGACCUGUGAUCUUUUAACUCUCUUUAUCCCCUCCCUCCUUUUCUCCCCCCACCCCCCCACCCCCAAUCCUUACCCCAUCUUUUUUUAAAUUUACUUUGUAUGUUCAGUGUAGGAUUACAUGAACCGGGCCUCAGGCCUGGCCCCUCCCAGGGAUCUCAGCUCUAUUGUGAUCUGCACCUGACCGAAGACACUCAGGUCUCAAAAUCUCCCGAGGGCUUGACAUCACAAGUACUGCUACAGAUCAACAUAGCAAAACACUCCAAAGGAAUAUGAAUACAUUUUAUUUCCAAUUUCUUUUUCUUUCUUUUGAUAGAAAUAAUCUAUUUUAUUUGUGUUCAGAGUUUUUUAUGGUCUGUUGUUUUUUGUAUGAUUGUUUGGGGGGAAAAUGAUUCCUACUGUAGACUAUAUAUUUAUGAGUUUGUAAAUAGUAAAAAUGGAAAUGUGGGUAUUUUAUGUGGAAACGCCUGGUUCUAUUUACUGCGUAUGAAAAUCAAAGCUCAAGUCAAAGGCUACACGUUAGCUCUACUUGCAGGCAGCUUUGUGGGGUACUGUAUGAUUUUACUUUGGUUUCACCCUGUUUUGUUACCUAACCUCACACUUUGGUACCUGUGACAACGACUUGGCAACUCCAGUUCAUGUAGAACCUGUGCUGAUUGAAACUAUUUUAAGUGUGGUUAAAGUAACAAAGUGACAAUAGCUCUUGUCACAGUGUGCAAUUUGUUUCCUUAAGAAACUCAAAUCAAUAAUGGAAGGGUGUUUUAACUUUUUUCAACCACAGAAGAUUGCCUAUUUAAGACACUAUUUAAGAUACAUUUUUUAUUCAAGUGUUACUCGCUGCACACCUCAUAGUUGUAACAUAGUUUUACUAGAGUGAAAUAAGAACCAUAGUAAUUCUAUUUACCAGAUAAAGUAUUUUUGAUUUAUGGAUAUCUAUUGCCAAUACAGAGAAACCAACAAGUACAAAUUAUAUUUAAAUACUUUGAGGAAGUAAACUAUACUGUUCAGUCACUGUCUGAAAAUGUAAAAUUUGGGUAGUGCCACAUUUUACGGGUCUGUCAUUUCCUCAUAACCUUCUAUGAUGUUUCUUGGAAAGUGCUAUGUGAUUUGGUUUUGCUGAAUUUAUACCCACAAGUAAAUAUUCAUUCAUUAUCAGUUUAUUAUUCUGAGGUAAAGUGUACAAAGUUUCAAGAAAUAUGGUUAUUUACUCUGUUUUUUUGUUGUUGUUUUUUCCUGAGAGUUAGAUGAGAAGAUUGAUACCAUUCCCAUGUCUGCAUGGUAAUUAUGAAGCCACAGCCAGCAGCUAGUUAGCUUAGCUUAGCAAAAGGACUAGAAACAGGGAAACAACUAGCCUGGUUCUGUCUUAAAGCAACAAAAUUUACCUACCAACACCUCUAAAGAUAUAGGAUAUAAUAUACAACAUGUUAAGUAGUGAGCUUUAGACCUGCUGCUAGGUGGAUUUUGUUAGGCCUCCUGUUUGACAAAGACUGGCUUGUUCUCUCUCUCCAGUCUGUGCUAAACUUUGCUAACUAGCUGCUGAUUGUAGCAUGGAGUGUAAUAUCAUAUUUAAUGAACGGAUAUGAGAUUGUUUUAAAUUUCCAUCUAGGCUUAGUUUUACAUUUGCCUGCAGACACAUUCACCUGCUCUGCUGUGAACUAGCUACAGAGCUGUAGGCUAUGCUAGCAAUUAUCUGGAAUUAGCUACUUAAUUGAAUUGUCUCUAUUUUAGCAAUAAAUGCUACUAAAUUACAUAGUUCUUUCCAUGAAAACUUGUUGGAAAUUAGUAAGAAACUACUCAGAAAUUACAGACCUGUAAAGCGUUACUGAAAUUUGUGAUUGACAUUUUCUGACAGUGGGUUGAAUCACCUUGUAAGAUUUUGACUUAUAAGUCAUGGUAUAAAUAGCUCAUCUGCUAUUUGAAAUUGACUUGAUUGACUGAAACCGACAGGGGUCAGGCCAGGUUAGCAGCAACACCAAAGCUACCACGUAAACUGUGUUCAUAUGUUUAUUGCGAGCGUUUCCCUUGACUAAAAAUUGGAGUUGCCAAGUGUUAAAUACUUUUAUGUACUCUGAUAGUUUUAGUUGAAUUACUUUGUUGCCUCACAAACAUGUCACUCAAAGACAAGAUCCUCACAUGGGGAAGUGCCUUGACAUUCAAUUUUAUGACAUCUUUCUCAUGGGCAACAGUUGUUUUCAGACUCUUGCCAUAAGGGUGGUUACUGGAGCACGAAGCCAGUUUAGUGGAUAUUGUCCCUCUCAUUGGCCAAAUUAUCGCAUGUGUUCUGUCUUGAUUCCUUAGUCAUGACUACAUCAGUCCAUUUUGGUAGCGCGGAGGGCGAUGAAAACACAUGUCUUUAUUUGCAGAGGACAAAGAUCAGUGGAUAGGGCUGGUUGAUCUGAACUCCUUGCCAACCUGUGUGCUUCACGGUGGCACUAAUACUUGUCUUAGAGUUAACUUUAACUUACUAUGUGCAAUUUGAGCUGUUGGAAACACCGCGCAGAUCAACCUCAAAAACACAAUCUAAGCCAAUGGUUUGGAGUGAUGCCUAUAAAUGUUGUUUCUUCUUCUGUUUACUAUAUGAAAUGUGUUAUUUUGCGCUGAGUUUACUGAAGAAUACAUUUUUAAAAAAACAAAUAAUGUGAAUGUUUACAGUAUAUGGUUUAGUUUUUUUUCUGCUACUCUCCAAGAAAAUAAUGACUUGUGGGCAUUUUGAUUAAGAUAAAAUAAAGCACAAUAAUUUUA